AUCAAGAGUUGAGAUCUAAGUAAAAUGUAUGUUACUGAUUAGAUUAACUAGUAUUAUCAAGCAAACCAACUUAAAAGUAAUGUCUGACGUCACCAGUUUGUCGGCGCUUUCUGGUGCUAAUCAAUGACCCCGGCAACAAACGAAAAGUCCUGAUGCAAGUUCGCCAACUUUUAAACACAGGACUAGCAAGCUUACUCGAUGAAUACCACAUUGACUAUAUUAUUAUUUGACACCGGCAAAAACACUGUGGCAAACAAACAAGCGCCUUUAUUUUGUUUAAUGGAAACGUACAGGAUUGCACUAACUAGCGAUUCAACUCUUACCUACGUAGCUAGGCUAGCAUUACAGUAGCUAAGCUGCUAGCCUAGCUUGCCAGCAGCCUCGUCUGUUCUGAGUUCAGUGAACGCCGGUUGGUUGCAGUGUUAGAUAGUUAGCUAGGUUACUAGAUAGCUACGAAGAGCGUCGGCUUUUCGUUAAUUUGCUGAUAGCUUAUGUAUGGCUGCACAUUAUCAACGCGUUCUAAAUGUAAAAUCUAGUGAGCUAACCUCUUACACUUGAUUUUGUGUGUAGUCUCGCUGUAUGUUGCGUGAGUCUACUGGUAGAUAGCUAGCUAGCUUUCUCAGUAGUCUGCUAUCAAGUCAAGAUUUAAGAGAUGGCGCAGGAGCAAGCCACGAACGUACAGUGCGAAUGUACUACUAACGGGAAGAGCGAACAAGGUUUGGGAAUCAAUCCUUCAAACGGACAACCCAGUCCUCAACCUCAGACCCAUGUUGAGUCAGAACCCGAACUUGGACCAAACCCCAAGAGCUUUUCACGUCUGUGCAGUAGAGACAAAGCCGAGCGAGACGCAGCUUUGGUAGAGCUGACCCAAAGCAUAAUGGCCUGUUUGGGUCUAGAUCGACCCGGUUCUGCUCGGAUCGAUAAAAACACCCUGGUGCAGCUUCUCCGAGUAUCUCACUCGUGCCCUUUACCGGAGGUUCGCGAAAAAGCAGCUGAACUGUUACAAACUGCACAGGAGCGAGGUGUGGAGGUACCUCGGGCUUUAGCUCCAGGUCCAAGUGCCUUCAUCCCAACUAAACAGAUUCUGGAGGAGGGGCUAGAUCAGAAAGUCCUGAUGGAAGCCUUCCUCUCAUUGGGCCGUCUGGAUCACAUCACCAUGGUGAUGGCGUUGCACCCCGCCUACCUCAGCUGCUUCCUGCGUACCCAGCAUGCUCUGCUGCAGCUGGACGGCCCACUGCCACACCCCUGGAGACACUACAUCUUUAUCAUGGCGGCAGCUCGUCACCACUGUUCCUACCUGGUGCAGCAGCACAGGGCCGGGUUCCUGGAGGUGGGCGGGGAGAAGGGCUGGCUUGCAGGGCUUCAGCACGCUCCGCCCAAACUCCAGAGCCUCAACACACUCAACAUGCUGCUGGCACAUCGCCCCUGGCUUAUAACCCAGCAGCAUAUACAGGAAUUAGUUUGUCCCGGGGCCGAAUCUCGCUGGUCAUUGGCCGAGCUGAUCCAUGCCGUGGUUCUAAUAACACAUGCCCACUCGCUGUCGUCCUUUUCCUGGGGGUGUGGCCUAAACCCUGAACCUGACCAUACAGGAGGCCACGCCUUCAACCCGCCGUCGCCCAAUAGUCACCGACCACGCAGUCCUAGUAGCCCCGCCCAUGAGGACGGCAGACAGGAGUUGGGGGAUGGAGGGAUGGAGGUGGAGGUGCUACUGAAGAGGAUGGAGGAGUUGCAGCAGCAGGAGGAGGAAGAAUGCAGUCAGGAGGAGAUGAUCACUCGCUUCGAGAGGGAGAGAAGUGAGAGCAUACCCACAGCGGUGGUGCGCGGAGCUUCUUCUAACUUGGUCUUGAGGUUCGUGGAGGAUCCAGAGUUCGGCUACGAGGACUUCGCUCCGAGAGGAGAACAAUCCCCGCCCACCAUGAGAGCACAGGACUACUCUUGGGAAGACCACGGCUUCUCGCUCGUCAACAGACUACUGCCUGACAUGGGACAGCUACUGGAUGAAAAGUUCCAGGUCGUGUACGGGUUAACGUAUCACAGGAUGGCCAUGCAUGAGGGAGUGGACACGCAAACCCUCCGGAAAGCCCUGUGGAACUACAUCCAGUGUGUCUAUGGAAUACGUUAUGACGAUUACGACUAUGGCGAGGUCAACGUGCUGUUGGAGCGCGCCCUGAAGGUGUAUGUGAAGACGGUGGCAUGCCACCCCGAGCAGACCACCGCCAGAACCUACGCUUCCUUCUGGAGACACUUCCGCCACUCGGAGAAGGUGCACCUCAACCUGCUGCUGAUGGAGGCUCGACUUCAGGCUGCCCUUCUGUACACUCUGCGAGCCAUCACACGUCACAUGACAUGAUGGAUGAUGCACCAUGACACACACACACUACAUACUGUUUACGUCGCAAUGAUAUGCAAGCACGCUCACUUACUCUAAGCCGUAGCACUACACACACACAAACACACAUGCCUGUAGGCCCCCUUUACCCAGUACACUACACUGUGUGUGUACACUGUACACAUGAACUCUAAGGUGAAUGUUUUUUAUAUUGAUUGAUCAGGUUUAGCUAUUUUGUUUAAAUGCAUGUGUGUGUGUUUGUGCACCAAUGUGUGUGGUUUACUCUUUUGCACUCAGUGUUACUUCUGGUAUUUCCAGCAAAUGGCACAUUGACCUAUAGGAAACAUUGUGAAACAGUCUUAUCUGAAUCAGUGUGAUCUUUUAUGAAUGUGAAAGUUCCCAGUGGUCUGUUUUACCCAUGUUGCAGUAUUUUAAAUCAUAUCUUUGCUGGAAAUAAAUACCUCAAGCUUAAGCCCUAUGUUAUGGUACAGCUAGUGCUUUUUAUAGCAGCUACAUCUCUCCCUGGGCAGCGCAUCUGUUACAAGCAUCCAACCCUAGAUGUAAUUGUAUUUUUUUGUGUACAAUAAAAUAUAUAUUUUAUCAAAA